AUGAGGCGAAGUCUAAACUUAAGGAGCAGGCGGAUUCCUGGUGAUCCCCAGGGCACGUCCAAUGUUGGCGAUGGACGUGACAGUGAGCAAGCUGACCGUGGUGAGCUGAGCAGGCGGGCGACCACGCGCCGGAACCAGAUUGCUGGAGAUGGUAGAGCAACUACAGCCGAACCUGGAAUGAAUAGAAGCAUUAAUACCGGAGAAAAUCAACGAGCUUCGCCGUUUCGCCAUGUUGCACAACAACGAGCUGUGCCCAGACGAAACGAACAAACGCGUCGAAUGCAUUGGACUAACGAGAUGAAUAAAGCAAUAAUGACAGCGUACUAUAGAGCUACUAACCUAGAAGCGGACCGUACUUUCUAUCGCAGAAGAAUGCGUGAGGAAUUCCUGAGAUUUUACCCUCAACUUGACCAUCUGUCCGAACAGAGAAUAUCGGACCAACAAAGAGCUAUAAUCCGAAGAGAUCUUCUAUCAGAUCCGAUAUUAGAUGAAAUAAAAAAUGAUGUCCGUUGCCAAAAUGAGAUGGUCCAGCCACCCCUAGUACAGGUCCGAAACGAUGAUCUGCCAGAAGUGCAAUAUGAAGAGCAUGACAGGGUUGACUUGGGUCUAGAAAACUACUUCGAGACGCUCUGCAUGCAAUAUCGCGGAUCCGACCCAUGCUCACGACCACCCCUGUCUAAACUUCGAUUCAGAGCCCACACAGGUGCACUUAUCAACACCCUAAAUAAUAUCAUCCAAUCUAAAUUAAACACAGAUGCCGACUUGGAGGAAAUUCACCUGGUGAUCUAUUGUGCAGCUAGAACAGUACUCGAGAAAAACCAGAAGAUCCACAGCACUUCCAACGCCAGAAGAAGAGAAAGCAAGCCGAAGUGGGAAAUAAAAUUGGAAGAGAAAAUAGAGAAAACAAGGAAGAUUGUCAUUCAUUCAUUCAUUGCUCUAAAGUUAGGGAAUAAAAGAAGUAGAAUCCUGAAGAAGCUUCCGAAAAAGAUGUACGAAACAUUGAUUCAGACUCCAGCUUCUGCACAUCAACAAUUGAUACUGGACAACCUGGACACAAUGAAGCAGCAACUGGCCGUGUAUGCACAUAGACUAAGAUCUUAUAAGGAAAGUAAUGAGAGAAAAAAACAGAAUGCUCUAUUCGAGAAAAAUGAGAGAAGAUUCUAUCGGGACAUCAUCGAGAAAAAGCACCAGACACGAAACACAUGUCCAAAAAUGCUGGAACUGGAAAGAUUCUGGGAGGAAAUAUGGUCCAAAGAAGUGAGACAUGGGGCGGAUUCUCCUUGGAUAUAUGAAGAAGAACGGAGAAUGCCGAAAUGCCGAAUCCACAGAUGA